AUGAACAGGGACGUAGAAGUCAAGUGCAAACUCAUCCUGACACUAGAACUCUCUUUCGAGUUGGGAGAAUCCCAGUCCUCUGGAGAAGGCCCUCACCUGGCCAAGCUGCCUGCCAAAGGUCCCCCGAAGGACAAGGAGACGGCAAUCCCAAGUCGCGGCAACUGGCUCCGGGCUCCACCUUUUCGUCGCCCCGCCCGCAGGCUGGGGGCACUGGUAGAGGAGGUGGCAGUCGCGGGCGCCCACGCGCGCACGCCGAGGCCGGAGCAGCCGUCGAACAUGACCAGCCUGGCGCCUCUCGUCGCAGCGCGUAGCCAACGAGGGAGAAACGACUGGUCUAUUAGUCUUAUAACAGCAUCUUUGGCUGGAGCCUUUGGAUCCUCCUUCCUCUAUGGUUAUAAUCUCUCUGUGGUGAAUGCACCAACAGUGUUUAUUAAGAAGUUUUACAAUGAAACCUGGGAAAGAAGAUAUAACCAGUCAAUUACUGAACAGUCACUUACAUUGCUAUGGACUUUAUCUGUCUCCAUUUUUGCUAUUGGUGGACUUGUGGGUGCAUUAAUUGUUACUCCAGCUGUCAAGUAUUUUGGUCGAAAGCAAACUCUGCUGCUAAAUAAUGUGUUUGCCAUUAUGGCUGCAUUGUUUAUGGCCAUCUCACAGCUGGCAGGAAUCUUGGAAAUGAUUAUUUUGGGCCGAUUCGUAAUGGGCAUUGAUGGAGGGGUAUCUCUGAGUGCACUUCCAAUGUAUUUGAGUGAAAUUUCUCCCAAGCAGAUCCGCGGGUCACUAGGACAAAUUACAGCAAUAUUCAUCUGUGUUGGUGUUUUCAGUGGACAGAUUUUGGGGCUACCUGAGAUAUUUGGAAAGGAAUUCCUGUGGCCUUAUCUGUUUGCAAUGAUUAUUGUUCCAUCAACUCUCCAAAUUGGAGUCCUGCCUUUUCUUCCAGAAAGUCCUCGCUUCCUAUUACUUGAAAAAAAUGACACAAAAGCAGCAGAAAAAGCAUUUCAGAAAUUCCUUGGAAAACCUGAUGUGUCACAUGAAAUAGAAGAAGUUCUGGAAGAGAGUCGAGUGCAGAAAAAUAUUCAAGUAGCAUCUGUAUUUCAACUUUUGUGUGACAACACUAAGCGGUGGCAGAUUCUCACUGUAAUUGUAACUAUGGCUUGCUAUCAACUUUGUGGCCUUAAUGCUAUUUGGUUCUACACAAAUGAUAUUUUCAGGGGAGCUGGCCUAAGUCCUGAAAUGAUUCCAUAUGUUACCUUAAGCACAGGAGCUGUGGAGAUCUUGGCUGCUCUUUUCUCUGGUUUAGUGAUUGAAAGAGUUGGACGCAGACCUCUUUUGAUUGGGGGAUUUGGUUUGAUGUUUUUCUUCUUCGUCAUACUUACUGUGUGUAUGAGUCUACAGGAUCAAGCAGUCUGGCUUCGAUAUCUCAGUAUAGUCUGCAUUCUCACAAUCAUUGCCUCAUUUUGCAUCGGACCAGGUGGAAUUCCAUUUAUCCUCACCGCAGAGUUCUUUCCACAGUCUCAAAGACCAGCAGCAUAUAUGAUUGCUGGAAUAACCAACUGGCUCUGCAAUUUCAUAGUUGGACUCCUUUUCCCUUUCAUUCAGGAAAGAUUACAAACAUACUGUUUCCUGGUUUUUGCUGCCAUCUGUCUUGCUGGAGCCAUUUUCCUUUUUUGUGUGUUACCCGAAACAAAAACAAAAACACUUGCUGAAAUUAACCAAGCAUUUGCGAAGAAGAAAAUGCCUCUGGAAAUCCAGGAAAUGGGUUAUUUUGACCCUAAGGGAAAAUCAAGUGAAGUAGAAGAAUCCAAUUUUUGUCAUUCACUGGAAAAUGAAAAAAACAAAAAUGAAAUGGCCUAA